AUGGCCUAUCCGUCUCGGCGCCGUGAGGACUUCCAGGUUGCCAUCAUCUGCGCGUUAUCCCUCGAGUACGAUGCCGUUGCCCUCUCUUUCGAUGAGUUUUGGGACGAGAACAGAGACCGACAGGGAAAUGUGCCUGGUGACUACAACAGGUACAAGACCGGUCGAAUCGGGAGUCACAGCGUUGUCCUCCUCCUCCUUUCCAACAUGGGAAAGGUCAGCGCGGCAAGCGCAACAGCCAACCUGCGGUCGACCUACUCUGGGAUAAAGUUGGCCAUCUUGACCGGCAUUUGUGGUGGAGUGCCCAACCCGGGGACAGCCACCGAGCUUUUGCUUGGGGAUGUGGUCAUAAGCAAGAGCAUGGUACAAUACGACUUCGGGCGGCAGUAUCCUAACGGCUUUGCAAUGAAAGAAAAUGUUGAAGAAAUCCUCGGCAGGCCUAGCAGAGAGAUUCGUUCUCUCCUUGCUACAUUUGAGACGCGGCAGGGUCGCAGUGAUCUUCAGCGCCAGGCCGGCCAGAUGCUGAUGCAGAUUCGACAGAAGGCAGCCAAACAUGGAGAGCAGUCUCUGUAUCAGCGCCCAUCGCUGACUGACGACCUUCUUUUUGAACCUGGCUACCUCCACAGACAUCGGGAUUCUCAUAACUGCAACUGUAGCGACUCAGAAGCUUGCGAAACGGCACGCAGUGCCUCGUGUGAGAAGCUUCAGUGUGACAGAGAACGCGUCGUAUCAAGAAGCCGCGUAAACAUCGAACAUCUAGAAAACGAUGCUCUAACACCAGAAGACCCUCAUAUAUUCGUCGGGGGUGUGGGCUCGGGUGAUACUGUGAUGAAGUCGGGCUUGGAUCGCGACAGGAUUGCCGCACAGCACAGUCUGAUUGCUUUUGAGAUGGAAGGGGCCGGCGUAUGGGACGAGAUUCCAUCCCUCGUUGUUAAAGGAGUAUGCGAUUAUGCAGACAGCCACAAAAACAAAAACUGGCAGAAUUUCGCCGCAGCAACGGCGGCCUCGACGACGAAGGCACUUCUCGAAUACUACAUUCCUGCGCAGAGACCAACAACUACCCACACAUGGUUUCUCGUUCCGUAUAAUCAAAACGUCGAUUUCAUCGGUCGAUCUGAGAUACUUGACCACGUCAGACAACUCUUUGGGCACAAGCAGCCUCAACAACCGGCUGCCAGGCCCCGCUCGCGAGUGGCACUUCAUGGCCUUGGUGGCAUUGGGUAA